AUGAAGGUCCGCCCAAUCAUGAUAGCUUACGGUUGGAAAGUCGGCUCUCUAGAAGAAAUGACUACUGAAAACCUUUAUGGUCUGAAUUUUGACCAUGGCAAAAGAAUUUUGCUCCGUCUACGUAGUAACUAUGACCAAACCCAGUUUUUGCCCUUUGGCAUGAUUAUGGACACUAUGCUCCAUGAACUGGCGCAUAAUGCCCAUAAUGGUCAUGGAGAUAGUUUUUAUAGGACUUGGGACAAAUUACGAGAGGAAUAUUACUCGUUG